UGGAUUAUUUCUGGUAGUUUAUUCAUUUAAAACAAAUGUGUAAUUAUUAAAUAAAGCCGACAAAAUGUUCAGCCUGUCCCGGAGCUUUAAAUCCAAAAACAUCCAUUCUCUGGAUCAUUUAAAGUAUAUGUAUCAUGUCCUGACCAAGAACACCACAGUUACUGACCACAAUCGGAAUCUUCUAGUCGAAACGAUUCGCUCCAUCACAGAAAUUCUCAUUUGGGGGGAUCAGAAUGACAGCUCAGUGUUUGACUUCUUUCUGGAGAAGAACAUGUUUGUGUUCUUUCUCAACAUCUUGCGACAGAGGUCUGGACGCUAUGUGUGUGUCCAGCUCCUGCAGACGCUCAACAUACUCUUCGAGAACAUCAGUCACGAGACCUCACUCUAUUACCUGCUGUCCAAUAACCACGUCAAUUCCAUCAUCGUCCACAAAUUUGACUUCUCGGACGAGGAGAUCAUGGCUUACUACAUCUCCUUUCUGAAGACGCUGUCACUGAAACUCAACAACCACACUGUGCAUUUCUUUUACAAUGAGCACACUAAUGAUUUUGCCCUGUACACGGAGGCCAUUAAGUUUUUCAACCACCCAGAGAGCAUGGUCAGGAUCGCGGUCAGGACUAUCACACUCAAUGUGUAUAAAGUGGAUAACCAGCACAUGCUGCACUACAUCCGGGACAAGACGGCAGUGCCCUACUUCUCCAACCUGGUGUGGUUUAUCGGCAGCCACGUCGUCGAGCUGGACAAGUGUGUGCAGACCGAUGAAGAGCAUAAGAACAGGGGGAAGCUGAGUGACCUGGUGGCAGAGCACCUGGAUCACCUGCACUACCUGAACGACAUCCUCAUCAUCAACUGCGAGUUCCUCAACGACGUCCUGACCGACCACCUGCUCAACCGGCUCUUCCUGCCCCUCUACGUCUACUCGCUGCUCAGCCAGGAGCAGGGUGAAGACCGCAAGAUCAACCCUCAAGUGUCGCUCUACCUGCUCUCACAGGUGUUCCUCAUCAUCCACUACCGGCCGCUGGUAAACGCGCUGGCUGACGUGAUCCUGAACGGAGACCUGUCCACGUUCACGGCUUCAUCGGAACAUCACGCGUUUGAAAGCACAGCUAACACCGGCGUGCGUCGCUUCACCAAGCCGCUGGAGAGUCUGGAGCGCUCGCUGGAGAUGAGCCAGCAGCGGGGAAAGAAGAGGGCGCAAAAGCGGCCCAACUACAAAAACGUGGGCGAGGAGGACGAGGAAGAACGGGGACCGGAGGAGAUCCACGACGAGGAGAAGGAAAAGGCUAAAGGUACAGAGGCCGGCUUAAAGGCCACCAAGACGAGUGGGGAGACGGAAGAGAUCGAGAUGGUGGUCAUGGAGAAGUGUAAGAUCUCGGACGGGUCCGCUUUAACCGAGCAGAACAUCACGGACGAGGAGAAAACGGCUGCAGCCGCCGCUCGCUCGGAGGGCCAGAGGAGCAGGCCUUUCUUGGACAUGGUUUAUAACGCGCUGGAGUGUGAGAACGACGACUACCACGCGCUCUUCGUCCUCUGCCUGCUCUUCGCCAUGACUCACAGCAAAGGUAUAAACCCAGAGCUUCUGGAGAAGAUCCAGCUUCCUGUGCCAGGUCAGGAGAGAAGCUCUUACAGUUAUGUGCUUGUGCAGAGGCUGAUCAGAAUGAUGAGCCAAGCUUCUCAGCCAGACGGAAAGGUACGUCUAGCCACUCUGGAGCUGAGCUGUCUCCUGUUAAAGCAGUCUGUAUUGUCCGGUCCUCAGUGCAUCAUCAAGGACGUUCAUCUCGCAUGUUUGGAGGGAGCCAGAGAGGAAAGUCUUCACCUCUUACGCUGCUUCUACAAGGGGGAGGAGAUCUUCCUGGAUAUGUUUGAAGAUGAGUACAGGAGUAUGACUAGUAAACCCUUGAACGUGGAGUAUCUCAUGAUGGACGCGUCCAUACUACUGCCCCCUACUGGAACUCCCCUGACUGGCAUUGACUUCGUUAAGAGGCUGCCCUGCGGCGAUGUGGAGAAAACACGUAGGGCCAUCCGUGUGUUCUUCAUGCUGCGAGCUUUAUCACUACAGCUGCAAGGGGAGCCGGAGACCCAGCUUCCUCUGACCCGCCCCGAAGAUCUUAUCAAGACCGAUGAUGUCCUGGAUCUCAAUAACAGUGACCUGAUCGCCUGCAUGGUGGUGAGCAAGGACGGCGUUCAGGCGCAGCGGUUCCUGGCUGUAGACGUCUAUCAGAUGAGUCUGGUGGAACCAGAGACCAAGCGCUUGGGUUGGGGAGUCGUCAAGUUUGCAGGCCUCCUGCAGGACAUGCAGGUGUCGGGGGUGGAGGACGACAGCAGGGCUUUGAACAUCACCAUCCACAAGCCCACGUCCAACCCGCACGCUAAGCCAGUUCCCAUCCUGCAGGCGUCUUUCAUUUUCGCCGACCACAUACGCUGCAUUAUAGCCAAGCAACGUCUGGCCAAGGGAAGAAUCCAGGCCCGGAGGAUGAAGAUGCAGAGGAUAGCAGCUCUACUAGACCUCCCCGUCCAGCCUUCCUCCGAAGUGCUGGGCUUCGGCCAGUCCUCCUCCGCGUCCUCAACCCAGCUGCCUUUCCGCUUCUACGACCAGACUCGACGAGGCCCGGCUUUCGCCUCCGUUGAUAAAGUUCCAGGUUUUGCAGUAGCUCGGCAGCACAGUUCCUCUCCCAGCCCUAACAGCAGCACGGCUCAUUCAAGUGAUGUAUCUGCUCAGAGUACGCCAGCACCAGCAGCCACCUUGGCACCAAGCCUGACCCCCACUGCCCAGCCCACCAUCUCGUUGCUGUCGGACGCCAACGCCGACGCGCUCAGCGUCGAAUCCCUCACCCUGCUGCCCCCAGCCGACCCACCGUCCCUUCUCCAGUUUGUCCGAGACGAGGCUCCACGUACCGACCACGACCAGGACGAGAAAGACGCUGAAAUGGACCGGGAAAACGAAUCGGACCCGGCGGAGCUCAGUAAAGACGCCGGUUCAGAACCAGCCGAGGUCCUUAGUGAAGAAGCCGAGAUUCAGACCCAGACCGAGAACCCAGACCUGGAGCAGGAGACGGAGAUAGACUGAUUCAACCUCUGACCUUUUGUUUUGUUAAGCAGCUAAGCAGCUAAGAGUCUCUAAUCAGAACUUGUUGAUUUAAUUGGUUGGUUAGGGACUAAAUGAAGUGUGGUGUCUGUUUGUACUAAAGAAAAGCUGCAUGAGUGAUGGAGUGGGUUUGUUUAGAUGUUCGAAUGCGAUUGUGUGACUGAUGAAAGACGAGAGGAGGAGGAGGAACAGUGUGUUCAUUUUUAUAAACACAUCAGAGUGGGCGAGGGAAUGCCCGCUUGGUUUUAUCAGUCUUAACACUGAGGAAUGUACCAAGAGUUUUGGGUCUUAUCUGGAGGACUCUUUCAUUCUGACUGAACGUGAAUUUGCACUCCGACAGCAGCGGUUUAGUCGACGUUGUUCUCAACCACACCCGCCAGCAAAAGAUCUGACCAACGUGGCUCGUUGUACAACUGGUAUUAAACUUUGAAUUUUUAGUGGCUGCCAUGUUGGUUGGCAUUCAUUAACACACUUGAAACAUAAUGAAAUUAACCACUUUAUUCUUUGUAGGAAAGGAGAUGGUGUGAAAGAAUUCCCUAUACUAUAUAUCUGCAGCAUUUUAUGUUACGUCAUUGUUUCGAAGCUGUCGUUAAACUUAACUGCCCAGUGAAGUGCUCCUUCAGUGCUGCCAGUUUACUCCUGGGCAUCGUCCAGCAUUCAUUCAGCCAACAUGAGGAUAUCCGAACAAUCAGCUUGUAAAUUUCUGGCGACGGUUCCAGCUUGACGGGAUAAUGGAGGGGAACAUAUGUUAGGUACAACCCUCCUCCCUAGAUACGUCUUCCUGUCCCUGCCAGUUAGAAGCCCCCCAUAGUAUGAUGCUGCCACCACCAUGUUUCACAGAAGGAAUUUUAAUAUCCAGGUGAUGUGUAGUACCUGUAUUUUCACCAGUCCAACAGGUUCUCCUAUCACUGCACAGGACUCUUAGAGUGGCUCUUAAUACUUUGGAUAGGGCGCCAAUCCAUCACAGGUGUCUGUGUGGAUGCCUGGCCGGAUGAUAGCGUAUCUAAGCAGUGGUGGGUGAGCGUGAUAGACCAUCGAGCCAAAAUGAUGAAAAUAAAAUAUUAAAUUGUAAAAAUUAAAAUAUGAAACGCUAAGUUUUGGUGUUAAAUCUCUCCCCAUUUAAAUAAAUAAAAGCCUCGUCUUGACUUUAUUAGUUAGUUAGUUAAAUAAUUUUGCUCUUAGUGUCCAAAUGCAAAUCGGCACAAUCCUUCGAAUGGAAUUCUCAUCAAUUCCUUUGGUUUUAUACUGUAAAUGAGCGGUGUGAUACACAACCAUGAUACGGCUUGCUGUUUUACACAUCAUAUACAUUCCUCUAAAAAGCCUGGAUGAAUAUUGUGGGGUUUUUUAAAAUUGUGAUUAAAUUAUAGCCCAAGCUGCUGAUUUACGAUAAAGUCCAUGGUGCUUAGGGAGUGAACUGGGAUACCUGGUGUUUAUUACUUCCCAACAAUCUUAAGGCUCUAGUGAAACAAAGCCUGUUUCAAAUAGCUCUCUAUGACAACGUAGUCGAGGUGCAGCCUUAUCAAGGGAGUCGAGGCUAGUAUUGAGACACGACGAUAAACUAUCAAUCAAUAAAAAGCACAGGAAACAUCAGCCGGACGUUUAAAUAUUUGGUUAUGAUGUCUAAACCCACAAUGCUGCCCAGCGUCGCUGAAAUGACCGAGCUUAUAUCUGAUUUGCAUUGCGUUGGAACCUUUCAGGAACCCCUUUAACAGAAACCACAACAGAAGAAUCACAUUUGUCCAGUCGGGAUUAAUACAUUGACUUUUUUCUGGUCUGUUUUUAACCGUUCAGUCGUCAGAAUGUUUUACAGUUAAUAAUUAAUUGUUCCACUGUUAACGGGAUGAGGAACCAGUCGUUCCUGCAGCACAUUAUCAGCGGGUGUGGAGUCUAAGUAGGUUUAACCUGCAAUAACCUUCAUUUAGUUUUUACAUUUAUAAUCAGAUUUAUUCCACCUGAGGUCGUUGAGUAGGGACUCGACGUUUCCGUCCAUAUCACUUCUUUAACACCAUCACAGACGAGGACAGAAUUCGAUGCUACGGUUGAAUGUUUAGCUUUUUUUGUUUUUGUAAAACUUUGAAGCAAUACAGUAAAAUGUGUGCAGUAUUUUCACUGGAAUGUAAAUGUCAUCUUUAUGGAAGAAAACAACUAAAAAAAAAAGAACUAAAAAUAUAAUGGACGGAUGUUUGUACGCAGUGUAAAUUGCAGUCUGCUUUUAAUCGAAUACAAUUGCUUAACAAGAAAAACAUGCAAUAAAUUAUUCUACAUACA